AGAUACUUCUCCUACUUGUCAAAAGAGAGGCGUGAUAUUCACUGCUGCUUGCUGCUGGAUAAUUAGAUACAAAUGUAACAUUACACGUCAAUUUUCCUAUACCUACGUCUCUCUUUUGCUAGAGCCAAGUGUGUUUGUAGACGUGUAACGUUACAACCGCAGCGCGCGCUACGUUUGAGGAAGCUAGCUAACGCAGAAUUAAGUCCAAAACAGUUUGAUGUGGCGUCGCUUAUGAACACUGUCAGAUACAGGGUGAAGCGACACUUCUAGAACGUCUCAGUUAGAUAGGCCCACCACUGUGUGAAACGAAGGUAGCGUUAACCCAGGACAGCUUGAUACAGAGCUGCGAACACUGAACAAAAAGUUGGAUCCAGUUGAACCAGCUAUAUUGUGGGCUGAAGUGUAGUACAAGGCAGAGAAGAUGAUGGAAGAAAGUGGGAUUGAGACUACACCUCCUGCCAGCCCUACACCUCUGACUGUGGCGGCGACAGUCAGUGCCCCUCCAAUGACCAAAGGUCUGUCCAGCCCUCUGUCCCUUCCUGGCACCAUCGGUUGCCCCUCGGUCUCCACCGCUCUGGCCCCUGUUCCUUCCCUCCCUGCGUUCAGCAGCCCCCUAGCCGCACACCCCUCACUGUCCUCCCACUUCCCUCCUUCCUCCACCCUUGCCUCCCCCUUCACGAGCAGCUCUCACUUUCCUCCUUCCAUCUCCCCCUCUCUGCCUCCCCUAGCCUCCUCCAUUGGACCUCCUCCCCUGUCGGCCCCUCCCUCGGGCCCACCUAUGUCCACCUUCUCCAUGAGUGCAGGAUAUGACAUCACGCGGGGCCAUGCCGGUCGAACGCCACAGACUCCAUUGAUGCCAACAUUCUCCGGUCCUACCGCCAUGCCAGGUGUAGUGCCAAACCCCAUGGUGCAGCAGCCAGCCAUGACAGGAGGAUUUGAUACGGGAUCUCCCAUCACUUUCCCCAUGGAGCCGGAGGACCCCAGGGGGCCUGAACACACCAACACUGGUGGAGGCAUCUGGGGCUUUUUCAAGGGAGUAGCAGGUAACCCUGUGGUGAAGACGGUCCUGGACAAAACCAAGCACUCUGUGGAGUCCAUGAUCACCACUCUGGAUCCCGGCAUGGCUCCAUACAUCAAGUCUGGCGGGGACAUCGACAUUGUGGUGACUUCAGAUAAGGAGGUCAAUGUGGAGGCAGUCAGAGAUGCCUUCCAGGAGGUUUUUGGGAUGGCCUUGGUCACCGGAGAGCCCGGUCAGUCCAACAUCGCCCCGCAGCCUGUGGGCUACGCAGCCGGUGUCAAGGGGGCUCAGGAGCGCAUCGACAGCCUGCGUCGAGCCGGUGUGAUCCACGAGAAGCAGCCAGUGGUCUCUUUGGAAAACUUCAUCGCUGAGCUGUUUUCCGACAGGUGGUUUGACAUCGGCUGUCUGAUCUUGGAGGACCCCGGUCACAGCAUUCACAUUGAGGUCUUCACUCAGGCAACUCCUCUGGCUCUGGAUCAUGUCCAGCAGGCUCAGUCCUUGACCCCUCCUGACUACAGCCUGCGCUGGUCAGGUCUCAUUGUUACAGUGGGCGAGGUUCUGGAGCGCAGCGUACCCAACAUCAACAGAACAGACUGGCACCGGGCCGUGACGGGCAUGACCCAGCGGCAAAUGAUCCAGAGCGCUGCCAAAGCUCUGGCUGGACUCUACAAACAGCAGCUGCCACCCAGGACUGUGUGAGGCUGACUGGUUCCAGUGUCGGUCACGUACUGGGAGGAGGUGGAGACGCGCCGGAGGAAGAAACCAGCUGAUGGGACAGCAGGGUUCCUCGUGUCUCCCCAUGCAUCCUCCGUCUGCCCUUGCAGGGCAAAGCCAAAUGCACAUUUCUUUUGAAGAUGUUACCGUUUCUGCUCACAGAUGUUUCCUGACAUUCCAACAUGUCAGCAGGGUUAAGGCCGUCAGAUAUCAGGUCAAUACUCACCUACUCAGGCUUCAAAGAACGAACUAAUCAUCUCGUCACCCUCUCUAAAAGAUUACACAUCGUGUAACAUUCAUGUGAUAUUCAUAUCGACAACCUUAACACACCUAGUUUUCUCCUUUUUGUUUCUGAACGCUCAUGGUUAUUGUAGAGACUAUUACAUGGACUGUGUUCUAUAUACUAGAGGUCAUCACAGAUCCAACAGUUUACUACUAAUUCUACAGACCUGAACACAGAGAGAACACCAACACUUGUAGAGACGUGUAGAAAAACACCCUCACCCAAUUACUCUGAAUAUAAUGUGGACCGGGCCUUAGGUUGGCCCAUGGAUACUAGGUACUGACCUGUGACGUCCUCAUUAUAUUCUGUAAGGCCCCGAUUCCACCGAGAAACCUGUCGCCUGCAGAACCAUUGUUUUUCUAUUGACCUGGCGUGUGCUCCUCUCUCGCGCCUAGCGUUUUAAGAAUGUAAGUAUUUUAAACUUUUCAGCUCAGAGUCGCAGUGCACGUUAAUGUCACACUUGGCCCAGGCAGCCAAUAAUAUCGAGCAAGAGGCGGGCUUUACUACUUUACCACUGCCUUCCUGUUUUGAUGCCGGUAGAUUCUAUAGGAACAGACAAAUGCAGAUGGAAGGUUGAUAUUAAUGUUUUUUUUUUUUGUUUUUUUAUUUACAGUGAAUUGUAUAAUUCUUCCCCUCUCCUCAUACAACAGCAA